AGGGAGAAAUGCGUUUCUUUCUUGUAAACCGAUGAAGGUGUAUGUGAGGGCGAAGCGGAUAGAGAGAGGAAGGUAGAGAGAAAGAAUCGGUGGGAGGGCCUUUCUUUGUCUCUUUCUUCGUCCUCCUCCUCCGCUCCGCAACCUAGUUUGGCGAUAAAAAAGCGCGCCGGCCGAACCCAGCGAGAAAGAAAGGAAUAAAACAGGUACAAAAACGAGAUGAAAGCGGCCGCCGCGCGCGCCGUACCGCUUUCGCGUUUCAGUCGACGGCGGGCCGUCGGCUGUCGUGGUUGUCUGCUGCUGGCGUUCUCGUUGUCGUCUGCUUCCAUCGCGAGUAAUCGCGAGCCAGCGGUCUACUAGGCUUGGCUAAGUUCGGCUUCGCCGCAAGACGAAACGCGUGUGCUUCCCUCUGGCGGCCGGUCUCUGGAUCAGGCUCGGCGCGUCGUCUGCUUCUGGGAGUGUGUUGUGUGUCGUCUGCUCGGCUCCGCGCGGCUCGUACGAGUAGGGGACCCGACCCACGCGGGAGGGUUGGAGCAAAGAAAAAAAAGAAAAGAAAUUGUUCAUGUCUCGGCGUGCUUUCGAAGUGCAAUGUAUUCGUCGUCGGCUAGGAGAAGGCCGUUUGACGUAGUACUAAUCGUCGACGUGACGUGCCAAGAAGGUUGUAGUGGUCCUGGAGUGCCCCUGGCCGGUGCGGUGUACCCGACGACUGGGUUUGACGCGAUCGGCGCUGCUGAUCUGAUCGCCGGUUCCGAUCUUCGAAAGACGUCAAGGCAAACCGACACAACCUUUCCGUAAGGUCGUGCUUUCGGUCUUGAGGACGCUUGUCCUCCCGACUACAGGACUGCAGAGACGACGACUUCGUGCGUUUUUUUUUUGGCUUGUGCCAGUGCUUCGACGACCUUCGACAAGGCCUUUCCACUUCGAGCUGUGCGGGGUUCGUUUUAAUACCUAAAACUUGUCUCCGCGUGUUGUCACUUCGCCAAUUUCUGCUGCAUUUUUUUUUUUUUUCGUUCAACGCCGACAUGAUGAUUCGGAUUGCUACAGAGUGCUCGCAACCACCCUCGUCUCGUACGGAACACGUGCAGGAUUGCUGCCUUCCAAAGCCGCUCAGCGAUGUCAGAUGAGCGGCAAGCGCACUCGGAGCUUUAAGAUCGCCGUGCACCGCCGAGACGAGCGCGACAUCUGGCAGCAGACGCGGGCAGGAGCGGGUAACUACUGCCAGCGACAAGGCAGCGUCAGCGCUGCCACCACUCCUGGAAGAGGAUACUACGGCUGCGGCUCGUCUUCGUCGGCGGCCGACGACGAGGAAGACCCGUGGCGCCGCCCUGGCGCCGUGUCGAGAGGAGCCGACGGCUCUGUAUUCCGCACCAUGGUUCGCGCCAUCGCCACCGAGUUCCUGCCCGACGGCAGGGACCGUAAGUACUACGCGGACCACUACAGCUGCCGCCCGCCGCCCCUGUUCGUCUUCGUUGUCACGCUCAUCGAGCUUGGCUUCUUCACCUAUUACACGGUGAUCACGGGCGCCGUCACGCCCACGGGUCCGGUGCCCAUCGACAGCUUCUUCAUCUACCGGCCCGACAAGCGGCUACAAGUAUGGCGAUUCGUCUUCUACAUGGUCCUCCACGCAGGGUGGAUCCACCUGCUGUUCAACCUGCUCGUCCAGAUGUUGGUCGGCCUGCCGCUGGAGAUGGUCCACGGAUCUCUGCGCAUCGGCACCGUCUACAUGGCCGGAGUGCUCGCAGGUUCUCUAGGCACGUCAGUGUUCGACACAGACGUCUACCUCGUCGGUGCCUCGGGCGGAGUGUACGCGUUGCUAGCGGCACACCUUGCCAACGUGCUACUGAAUUACAACCAGAUGCAGUUUGGUCUCGUGAGGCUGGUGGGCGUAUUUCUUAUUGCGUCCGCCGAUGUGGGCUUUGCGGUCUACGACCGGUACGCCGCCGAACCUCACGGGCCGCCGGUAUCGUACGUGGCACACCUGACCGGUGCGUUGGCAGGCCUCACAAUCGGACUACUGGUUCUCAAGAACUUCGAGCAGAAACUCCACGAACACUUGCUGUGGUGGGUGGCGCUGGGCGUAUACGCGGCCUGCACGCUCUUCGCCGUGCUCUUCAACAUCUUCAACUACUGAGUGCCGAGCAAGGACGACGUGUUUUUUUAGCGUCGUGAACUGUGCGACACCUUGCGAGGAACAACCGCGCUCGGUGGUGCAGCGUGUGUGGAGAAGUGUCAAAGGUCUACGAUGUGCUUAAUCGGUACGAACUCAGAACUGACGUAGCGAAAGACCACAUAUUACAGCUGAAAACACCGAUGGCACGAAAAAAGUGGCAGCCUGUUUUUACCUGCAAAAGCAAAAACUUUCCGACUGAACAAGAUGCUGCUUCCCUACCGACUUGAGUUGAACACUGCAGGUCAACGACGGAUCAGUGUUUUGGACCUAAUGUUGUCUUCACUUCAAACAAGUGUGCAACCAGCAUAACAAACCAAAGAAAUUAGAUGAAAAGCAGCAAAGGACCCUUUUUGGCAGACUCGACCACGUUCAAGCAACUCGCGCAAAGGAGAUAGAUGAAACUGAACAUGCAUCACGCCACUAUGUCCAGAAGCUUUCCACACCCAAACAGUGAGCACAAACACAAGUUACAUGCUGUAGGCCACAUCGUGGUCUACAGACAACAGUCAAAGCAUUGUAGAACUAGAGAUAAAUGUUUUUAAUCGACCGUAUGGUGAGAAAUGGUUUCCAAAUGCAUCGAGUACGCACGAACGGGCCUCUUCCGAAAUGCCACCGAGGCAGAAAUAUUUUUUUUUUAAACGAAAAGCUCCAAACCAAAGAGUCGGAUGAACUGUUUUUACCCACGUUUCCAGUGGCCUCGAUGAGCCUACAGUUUCCAGUGGGUUCAAAGCCCAUAUAUACGUGGCAGCAUGGAAACGCCACCUCGGAAUGCAACAGCACACACUGCCGCACUAGUAGCGUGCCAGAUUUUCCGGAGCACUAGCAAACCGACCCAUACUAGCCGAGGAGUUUGAAGCGCGAGCCCACUGCCAAGCAAAAACAAUACUGCCACGUGUCUGUUCAUCGCAGCUGAUAUCCUGCCACAUCAAGAAUAUUCGAAAGAAGAAAAAAAGGUAGUCGUCGUAGAAACAAGUGUUGAAUCUCCUCAGGGAAAUCGACGGAGACCUUCUUUUCGACAUUGGGCAGCUACCAAGCGAGCAGCUGGGACUUUUUUUAUUUUACGAUACUCCCAAGUGUGUGUGUGUGUGUGACUGCAGUGCUUCAAUUCCGCAAACAAGCAAACAAAAAAGAACAGUGCGAACUCUUUCCUGAGAGUGUUUAAGUGUACGGGGAGCUUUGCCAAUGCCCCUAAAGAACGGGACUACUUCUGCGGAUGAAUCGGAUAGUCCUCAACGUUCGCUCGAAAAGGAGCAAGUCACUGUGAGCAAGGACAUCGCAAACUUUGAUGAACUCUCCUCACAUCCUGCCUGCCACACAGUUCUGGACUAGCACGCACGUCUCGCAUGGCGUGCGUUUUGAACUUCCUCUCUCGCCAGACUGGAAAAAGGUGUUUCCGAUUGCUUUACGUGGCUUUCUUGUACAGCACCGUAUAUUUUUUUUCUUUGUGAGCUCACAAAACAAGAUAGUCUAUAUUUCCUCGAGCUGUGCUAGGCAUCAGAUGGUGAGAAUCUAUUUAUUUAGACCGCGCCCCCAGAUAUAUCUAUAGACCUUUUAUGACCUCAAUGUCGCUUAUAUUCCAGAACGUAGUUUAUAGAAAAAAAAAAAGUGUUUUAAAAGUGGAGUGUUGUGUAUACUUUAUUUAUUUAUGAAUUUGGUGCUACGUUAUUUUUCAUCCAAGUGCUUAUUGGAUAUGCUCGCUGCAGGUGUGUAAAUGCAAGUGCUUCAACUCGGUUGUUCUGUUCAACGCAAGCUAUCGUGCAAAACGAUGUUACAAUCAGGUUGAAGUUCGCACGGGAUCGUGCUGCAUUGUGACAGCCCCAAGCACGUUUGAUAAAGUGAACAAGAUUAUGCAGCCAUUCUAACAAAUAUCGAUAGCGCACAACCAUGAGACAGGACGCACUUACUUUUGUGCAUCUCGAAAAUUAGGUCUGAGUCGAUUUAUGUUGAUAUUGUUGUUUUAUUUAUUGUGUCGCUUCAACUAUGCCUUGCUCACGUCCCACAACGCGACUUACCUCAGUUUGUCCUUAGCGUGGCUUUGCACUGCCACGCAACAAGCAAAAGCCAACGUGCGAAGCGGUAUCAAGCAUCACUGCAACAAGUUGUAGCAACUGGCAACUCGUACGUGAAGCACUUCCCUUUUACAGUCCCUAUGUGCCAGCUUGAUAAUUUUAGGCAACUGCAAAGCCAACCAAAGCAUCGUUUGCUUUACGACUCUCAGGUGUCCAAGCAGGCGUGUCAAAAUUCUCACAAUCAUGUCUGCCUGCAUCAAGUCACUCAAAGUUUUGCUUGUAAUUGAAUAUCUCGACCUCAUGCUUCUGGAGAACAACUUAAGUAUGUUUGGCAAACAACUGCUGCUGUACUUGCAGUUUUGACGUGCUAACAGCACACCGGCGUGGCAUGGUAACUUGCCAUUUUCUUAGCACAUCACACUAAUUCGAACACGACCAGCCGCAGCUUAUUGCAGAGAUUUAUGAACUUUUAUUAUCCUUACAACCAUUCCGUAGAUGUUGGUGCAAGCAAACCGUGGGCCCCGUGUUUUCACGCUGUUUUUCUUCUAGCCAUGGCCAACCCGACCAAGACUUUUCUUGUGUAGGGAGCCCAAGUUUUCACAAGUUUCGGCAGGAAUAGAAAAAAAAUGCACGCGUCGUCGAUUCUUCACUAAAUCGAGACUGGCCUUCGGCUCGGUGCGUGGGAGACGACGCGCGCGUUCACUGGUGUACAUAAAAAAAGCACCGCACGGUCCGUUUCUUCGAGCGCACAUUCCUUGACGUUCCGUCAAUGCACACCGUUCUCUACGUAGCACCGCCAAAGCUGUUCCGCGCGCAAGUCGCGUCAUUCCUUUUUCUCGAGAAAGUUGGGGACACUGCAGCUUCUGAUCGGUUUGAGCAAGCACCGGCGUGAGCCCGCACGUUUUUCAGCACUGGUUGAAAUCACCCGAACACGUCAUUUGUGUACGGUCAGUACCACAAUUUUCUGGAACAUGCAGCCUAGAUUACGCUUGUGGACUGCCAACUGGAGGACAGCAGCUCGGUAGGCUUGAUUACGCCUUCACAAGAUAAUGCGCACCACAGUUUUGAAGGCAGCUAUUAAUUCCAUUUCUCACAGCAUACGUUUCUCACUCCUUACCAUUUUAAGGCAUAACCUCAUGACCUAGUACCAACGCUACAUUGUUAAGUGUUAUAGAAGUAUAAUUCCAAUUGGUUAUAAUAGUAACACAGCUAUUUUAUUCAUUACUACUUUGACCAACUUAAAGACCCCACUUGGUGGUACUACAUGAGAGGUGGGAUCACAAAAGUUAAAACAAUAUUAGCGAAUUGUUACUCAAACAUGAUGGCCAAGUUUGGACAACGUUUGCUACGCGUUCUACGUGUGGUGGUUGGAGACGAGGAGUGCAGGUUGAAUACAACACUGUCAGGCUGGCGUCUGCAAUGUUCCAGGCACUUUUGGUGCUGGCUGUGCCUGCACAUUGUUGCUCGAGUCACAUGCAAAAACAAGAGGAAGCGCUUGUGCACUGUGUGUCCCAUUCUGACUUGCUUUUUACCUUACCGUUGGCAGAUAAAAGACGCGUCGCAUUUUUUGUCGCAGCAACAAGUGUCACUACUUGACUUCAUGCCCACUGUCAUUCCAGAUAUAUUUUUUUCUUUAUUGACAACACUAAUGCUGAUGCUGUGUCACCAUGCAUGUUGUGUCCAUUUUAAGUCUGUCCGCGUGUGUUGUGUUUGUACAGCUGUAGAUGAGAUUUUUUUAAGCCUAUUGUACAAAGUAAUUUAUUUGAAAAACAAAAGAAAGAUUUGCGACUUUAUUAAAGUGUUUUUUUGUUCCCUUUA